CUGGCUUUAUCUGACCUACCUAUUUCAGCAAAGCCACAAUUUGAAGUUACCAUCGAUGAUGAGAAUAAAGUUGACAAGCCGUCUACUAAAGCGACACGGGUGUGGAAACCUCGAAAAUUUUUGAACACUCAGUCCACUGUAGAGCUGACGCCUACAUCUACAGCAUUUGCUGAGAGUCAACCCACACAUGACCCGAAUGCCGGACGAGCGACAAUCGCAAUAUCUACUACCACCACUGUAGCGGACCGUGAUGAAGUUAAGUCCACAACCGUCAACCCGUCAAAAGCAACACGGCGUCGAUGGACAACUCCCUCUACUACUACAACCGAGGAACCCAGUACUGCAACAGUUUUUACUACAACAGAACCCGAGAAGAAAAUAGCUAGCACAACGGAAAGGACAACUACUCAAAAGAAGCAUGUUACAGCCCGAACGACAACGUCAAUCCCUCGAGUUACAGCAACAGUUGCGCCAGCAUCUGCACCCACCGAAGAGUUCGAGUAUGAAAUUGUGGAAGUGGAAGUUGAUGAAAAUGGUAAUGAGAUCCCGAGCGAAAAACCAGAAAGUGCGGAUACAAAAAUUUUGAGAGCAGAUGAAACAAGGGAAAAGGAUGAAAAAAGAAAUUUCAAACAUCAGAACGAAAGCCAAAAAAAACCAAAAGCAUUAGAAACUCAAGUAUUAGAUGAGGUUAGCUCAAAAGAGGAAAGACGGAGGCUCGUUCAAGAGCAAAAACGCGCACUCAAUUUACCACCUGACACGGAAGUUGAGUAUGUCGAUGGCGAUGCCACUAGGAAGCCUGGAGAUGAUUAUGACGAUACGCAAGUGGAAUCUUCAGAAAAACGUCAAUGA